AUGUUCCAUGCUUUAAGGUCCACUCAAAGAAAUAAGUUAACCAGCUCUAUAUUCAGCUCCACUUUUGCUUUAUGUUUUGCAUUGGUUGGUGCCAAUUCACUUUUACCGUGUCCAAUGGAUGCUGUUCAUAGUAAUGACUCAGUGCCAAAUGAAAGAUUACUAAAA